AUGUGCCGUUGCUCUGAGAAGCGUACCUGCACAUCUCAGGUGCUCCUGCGCAUGUGCCGCAGUCUAUACCACUACCCUGACGUAGAGGCAUUCUGCGGCGUUCUGGCACGUGUUGUCUGUGCAGCUUCGACUGUCAUCUUGAGCGGCAUUGAGCGUUGCCUGGACUGGAUGCAGCAACUUGCGCUUGUGUGGCAUGUUGUCAUAUGUUGCAAUAUGUUCCAGCGGGUCGGACACCUCCACCCAGCUGGCCUCGCCAAGUUUGCACACCGAACCACCCUGUUGCGACUCGUGUCAUUGGCCCUCUUGUGUUCGGACAAGUUUGGCCUUUGUUCGGGCUCAGGGCUUUGA